AUGCUGAAUGCCAAACCAAGGGUCGAAGGUCACACUUCGGUUAACCACAUCUAUACCACUGUCUGGAUUGACGCCUUCAUGUGUGACGAUGAAAGACUGGAUCUGGGGGUUGUCUAUGGUGCACAACCGCCAGAACCAAUAUUGGAUCGAGGUAUUCGAAAGCCCCGUAAUUGGCUGAUGUUCAAAGAUGACCCUGAUUAG